AUGUCCGAUCCAAUCCCCUCCGCAACUGCUGACCCAGACAUUGUCGAAAAACCCCUUUCCUCAAACGCCGAAGAUCGCAAAGCCGCUGCCGCUCUCUCCUCCCUCCACACAAAUGAAAUCGCAACGGAGGGUGCCCCCAUCGGAGCACCGGUUAACGCAAACCAAGAGGCUCUGGGAAGGGCCAUGAGUCGACUGGAGAUAGCUGCUGGACAAGGCUCCGACAACAGGACAACGGUUGAGGUACUGAAGACUGAUGAGGUGGUGAAAAGGAAGGCAGUCAAGGUUGCUCCGGCGGAUGUCACACUACUGGUUGACCAGUUGGAUUUAAAUAAGAUGAAGGCCACGGAAUUGCUCAAGGCCCAUGACGGGGAUGCCAUCAAGGCAAUGAAAGCAUUCAUUGCCCCAUCUAUUUAG